CAGCGCCAGAUAAAUCACGAGAGGAAGCUUAAAUCUGUCGUUUGAAUUUAGGACCACCUCGGUUCACAAUGGUCCGUAGUGGAAAAAAUGGUGACCUUCAUCUUAAACAGAUUGCAUAUUACAAACGAACUGGUGAAUAUCAUCCAACUACACUGCCAAGUGAGCGAAGUGGUAUAAGAAGAGCAGCAAAAAAAUUUGUCUUCAAAGAAAAAAAGCUGUUUUAUGUUGGAAAAGACAGAAAACAAAAUCGUUUGGUAAUUGUUUCAGAAGAGGAAAAGAAGAAAGUCUUAAGAGAAUGCCAUGAAAAUGACAGUGGAGCUCAUCAUGGUAUAUCCAGGACCCUCACUCUGGUAGAAUCCAAUUAUUAUUGGACAUCUGUGACCAAUGAUGUCAAACAGUAUAUGCUUGUCAGCAUUGCCAAGUGGCAAAGAAUACAGUUAUUGUAGCACCGAAACAGCACCUUCUCAAGGUGGAAAAUCCAUGGAGUUUAGUUACUGUUGAUCUUAUGGGACCUUUUCAUACAAGCAACAGAAGUCAUGUAUAUGCUAUAAUCAUGACAGAUUUGUUCACCAAAUGGGUUGUGAUUUUGCCUCUAUCUGAUGUUUCAGCAUCAGAAGUUUCUAAAGCUAUUAUCAAUAUAUUUUUCUUAUAUGGACCUCCUCAGAAAAUAAUAAUGGACCAAAGAGAUGAAUUCAUUCAACAGAUCAAUAUUGAACUGUACAGAUUGUUUGGCAUAAAGCAGAUUGUAAUUUCUCACACCUCUGGAACUGUUAGUCCAAUGGAAAGUACACCUAGCACAAUCAAAGCAUUUCUCUCCAAACACUGUGCUGACCACCCAAACAACUGGGAUGAUCACCUAUCAGCUGUUUCAUUUGCCUUCAAUGUAACUCACUUGGAACCUACUAAAAAUACACCAUAUUUUCAAAUGUUUAGUCGAAAUCCUUAUAUGCCUGAGACUUCAGGUAGUCUUCAUGAUGUGGAUGGUGAUAAUACAAGUAUGUUUGCCAGAAUUCUAGAUGCAAUUAAAGAAGCUGAUGAAAUAAUGGAGAAUAAGACAACUUCACUGGGCCAGAUGGAGAACAACAAUUUGGAUGAACUAAAUAAAAGCAAGAUCAUUGUUAAAAAGAAACCCAAACAAUUAAAUCCAUUUCAUUUAAAAGUGGGUCAUGAAGUUUUAAGACAAAGGAAAAAUUGGUGGAAGGAUGGUCGUUUUCAAUCUGAAUGGGUUGGUCCUUGUGUCAUAGACUAUAUUACAGAAAGUGGAUGUGCUGUCCUGAGAGACAAUACUGGGGUUAGACUGAAAAGACCUAUCAAAAUGUCGCACCUUAAGCCCUACGUAAGAGAAUCCAGUGAACAAGAAAGUCUUUAUCUCUUGCAAGGAUCAGUAGUGGCUGAUCAUGACUACAUUGGAUUACCUGAAGUUCCGGUUGGAGCAUAUCAAGCAAAUAUUCUGGUGGAAGAUGCAACUAUUGGUAUAGUUGAUAAUGAAUUACUGACAUCAAGCAAGGAUCGUGAACUAUUAGAAUAUAGAAAUACGAAAAUCUCUCCACUGAUAGAUGAUCAUAGUACUCUUGAAAAGCAGACUUUCAGUCUGUUGGACUCUUCAAACCAGGUUCUUGAAUACUUAAGUUAGUAAAUACCAAAAUUUAUUUAAAGUGCUUGUUUAGAAUGUAUAAAUUCUUAAUGAUAUUCAUUAAAAAAGGUUGUAAAGAAGUAUCUUGACACAUUCUUAAUGACUAAUUUCUGAAAGUUUAUUUUAUAGUUAUUAUCUAAAAUUGUGCCACAUUUGAAUAUCAGUAUACAUAUAUAUGAAGGCAAAGGAACAUGUAAUAUAUAGAAUUCACUUCUUCUUCUAAAAAGAGAACAGGCAAAGCACCCCUACUUCUUAGGAAAUAAAUUCCAGCCCAAAUCUCUCAAACCUUUGUAUGGUUUUGGUACUGUUUCUCAGUUUUAAAUUUUCUGAAAUUCUCUACCUUUUAAACAGUAAGUUUGAACUACCUUGAGUGGAAUUUAUAAAUAUUGAAUCAACUGUAACAAUGAAUGAAAUGAAGCUGCUUUCUGUUUCAUUAGAACUUCUAAAUACAAGAUUGUAUGAAAAAAUAUAGGAUUAUUUAAUGAGCUUUCACAGGAUAUUUGUAAUUUCAAAUUAUCUAAUUGGUUAGAUAGGGUCAGGAUUAGGGUCUGAAACUAUGUAUUGGUUGGGAAGCAUUUGUUUAUUUUCAUACUAUAUAUUAAAGAUAAAACCAUCAGCCAGGCAUGGUGGCCCACACCUGUAAUCCCAGCACUUUGGGAAGCCAAGGCAGGACGAUCACUUGACCCCAGGAGUUUGAGACCAGCCUUGGCAACACAGGGAUUCCCCAUCUCUUCAAAAAAUGUUUAAAAAUUAGCCGGGUGUGGUGGCACAUGCCUGCGGUCCCAGCUACUCAGGAGACUGAAGUAGGAGCAUUGCUUGACCCCAGGAGGUCGAGGCUGCAGUGAGCCGUGCUCAUGCCACUGCUCUCCAGCCUGGGUGACAAGGCAAGACUUGUCUCAACAACAACAAAAAAAGUGUCCAUUAAGAAUUUUUUUCUGCAAUGAAAAAACAUGAAAUAACCAGUGUCAAGAUUUUAAACUGUAAUUUCUAUGAUAUUCAUAAAUAUAGAAUAAAUAUUGUUCAAUAAAUACUUAUUCUAAAGCACUGUGAAAAGAACUGUGGGAAGUAAAAGAUGAGUCAAAUGUGUACCUCAUUCUUAUAAAGGACUUACUGUCUGGUAAGUAAUAAACUAUGUAAGCCAUGUACAACACAAGUUAAGGCAUGCUAAAUUGCAGAAGGCAGGUGUAGAUAAUGUACUUAGGGAGGCAAAAAAGAGAGAAGUUGUUUUUACAUAGGAAAUUUGUGUUUAUCCUUAUGGAAGAAGGAUCAUUUAAGCUUGACUUUGAAGAAUGUUUAGGAUUUGGUAAAUGGAUACAAAAGAAUUAGGGGAGAAGUAAUACACAGAAAUGGAAAAGUAUUUUAAUGGUUCGUAAAAGGGCAGGGCUUCUUGUUGUCUACACUUCCUCGGAUAUAAAGUAAAGAAGCAAGAUGAGGGAUAAAGCUCAAAAGGUAAGUGGGAAGCCUUAUGGAGACCUUUUAAUACUAUUAAGGAUUGAUAUGUGUCCCUCCCAAAACUUGUGUUGGAGUCUUAACCCCCAAGACUUCAAAAUGUGAUCUUAUUUGGAAAUGAGGUUGUUGCAGGUGUAGUUAGUUAAGAUGAGAUCAUAUUUCAAUAGGGUGGGUUCUAAUACAGUGUUACUGGUAUUCUGAUAAAAGGCCGAAAUUUGAACACAGACUCAAGGAGAAUGCCAUGUGAAGAUAAAGGCAGAGUUUAAUAUGAUGCUUCUGUAAGCCAAGAAAUGGCAAAGAUUGCCAGAAAACCACCAGAAAUUAGGGGAGAGGCACUGAAUACAUUUUUCCUCAUUCCUCAGAAGACCAACCCUGUCAAUACCCUAUCUCAGGCUUUUGCCUCCAGAACUGUGAGACAAUAAAAUUCUGUUAUUUCAGGCAGCCAGUUUGUGGGACUUUGUUACAGUAGCUCUAGCAAUAAUACAAAUGCCUGGCUAAAUUACUUCUUUUCUGAGAGCAAAAACUUUGUAUAGGAAAGUGUCAUAAUCAGAACUGUGUUUUUGGAAGUUUAAUCUGGCAACUAGUAAAGAAUAGGUUAGAAGAGGAGAAAACAAGGCAUGGAGAUUUGUUGAGAGGACUUUGCAGUGAUGAUGAAUAAUAAAAACCUAAACUAGGCCUGUAGCAUUGGUAAUGAAUACAGUCUGUCUUAAGAUCAUUACAGAAUAUCUCACAUAUUUUAUUUCACAACCAUACUAAACAGUGAUGUGAUAUCAAAAAUGGAGACCUGGGGUAUUCUGAUUACUCAUUUAAGAAGAAAGAUUUUGUUUAAUAUAGGCGAAAGGAAAAGUGUUUAGUGUGGCGUGUAUAGGACCUCAUCUUAUACUACAGACCAAAUAAACUUCAAACAGAAUUCCAGGAAGAAAUUUUUUUUUUUUUUUUUUUUUUAAAAGCAUAAUUGUUUCAAACAGUGCUACCUAUCCUGCUUUCCUCAGCAGAACAAAGUUUAGAAGAGAGUCAUAUUAGAACAUCUUUUUGAUAAAUAUAAGUGGCUUUUUCUUAGCUCAAAUGAAGUAACUUCUUUUUAAUGAUUAUCUGACUCAAAAUGAGCCUCUUUUCCUCCCAUUUCAAGAAGGUGAUUCGUAUUGAGUCAUUUUAAAAUAACCAACUCUAAACAUUUUUUUUUUUUUUUAAUUUUUGCUUCUCCUAAGUAGUUUCUCAUUAAACAGACUUUUAUCCUGUGUUUACUAGUCAUGUUAGGCUAGAUUAUUCUGUGUCUGCAAACCACUGCCAAAAUCUUAGUAACUUAACAAAGCUUUAUUUCUUGCACUCCCCCACAUAUUUCUCUUUGUUCAUCAAGGGCUUGUCUGUAUUUUCAUCACCACUUCUAGA